AUGCCUUACUCGGUGGAAACCCCCUACGGCUUCCUGCUGGAUCUAGACUUCCUCAAGUACGUGGACGACAUCGAGAGAGGCCAGACCCUCCGGAGGUUGCCCCUGCAUCGCAAAGCUAAGGGGUCCAAGCCAGCCCAGGGCUCCCCCCGCAGCCAGAUGGGGGGCUGGGCCUCCACCGAGUCUCUCUCGUCCACGACCAGUGAGGACGGGAGACCCGCCUUCUCCCCACGGCCCCAAACGGCUUCCUACGACACCAAGGACCUCGCAGGCAAAAAUGGCUCCUUUCCGACGUCUCCUGCUCCCACAGCCCAGCGUCUCCCCCCAGCUUCUCCCGAUUCAGUGGGGAGAGGGGGCAGCCGGGUGGAAACGACCUUGCUGGAGACCAGCAGGAGGCUGGAGGAGGCACAGCUGAGUUUAGAGAGCACGUGUCCCCCCAAUUCUGCUUCCUCUCUAUCCGGGGACAGCCAGGCUGAGCCCGUGAAGACAAGCCCCCCUAAUUCGGGAAGGACCACCCCGGUUCCGGCAGUGAGCCCCGCACACCUCCAUCACGUCCGGGAGCAGAUGGCCGCGGCCCUCAAACAGCUGAAGGAGCUGGAGGAGCAGGUGAAGGUGAUCCCUCUCCUGGAGGAGCAGAUCUGCCAGCUGAAGCAGGAGAAGGAGCAGCUGGUGGCCGGCUUGGGGGAGAAGGUGGAGGUUGAAGCUGGCCAGCCGGGGGUCUUCUGCUUCUCCCCAAGACAAGCCCUCAAAGAUGGGGCUGCCUGUCUGGACACAGGAGGGCCCCAGGGUAUCCAGGAGGUGCAAACUGAGAGCGAGGCGACCAAAGGAAGAUCAAGUAAGAUCGCAGAGCUGAAAAAACUGACCGAGCGACUGACCGGUCCAGAGAGGGCUGGGAAGAGCAGAGGAGGGGCCCGGCCGUCAAGAGCAGAGCAGCCCAGCCAGAGGUCCAUCGGAAUCGGGGAGGAGGUGGACAUGAGUGAACUCGUUUGCUACUACCAGAGUCAAAGACCGUGCCAGGAGGUGGCCGUUGGGUGCGAGACAGAGACCCGCGACGCAGAGGUGUGGGUGAUGGAGUCCUUCCUUGGGGUGUCGUCGGCCGCAGAGGAGGAGAUGCAGCUGGUGCAGCACAGGGUCCAGCACCAGCAGGCCGUGAUUGCCAUGCUGGAGGGACACCUGAAGGAGGCCACCGAGGAACUGGAAGAGCUGCGGGUGGAGGUCUGCUCCCGCAGGCCAGGCAACCUGGUCAGCCAAGCGACCUCGGUCUCUCCAGAGACGGCCGACGUUGGCGUGGAGGCCAUGCCACCCACCCGGUGCCAGGCUGUGGGCAGCCACGUCGAAACGGUGGAGGUCAGCGUCCAAAGCUUUCUGCAAGUGUCGCACGUAGGAGUCAGUUGCAACUUGCAAGGAGAAUCAAGUGCAGAAGCAAAGCCCACCCAGGACUCACAACAGACAACGUCACUGACCUCACUGGGGACGGAGCACACGGGCCAAAAAGGCCACCUCGAGUACACAGCAGCAACGCCGGGUUAUGGCAAGGCUGGGGAGGGCUCUAGAUCAGAAGACGCCAGGCCUCCCACAGGCAACAAGGAAGGGACGCUGGUCCAGCUGGCACUGCAGACCACAGAGGGAGAACCGGAUGCUGGCCCACCUUUGCCCCUGGGGAUGGGCAGCCAGGGCAGCCAGGAGCCAAAUGGGGCAGAGGGGGUCUCGGGGGCUGGUGCCCUGAAGUCAAUAAUGAAGCGGCUGGACAGCCCGGCCAAGGCAGAGCCGAGGGGCAGCGGGAAGAAGACCCUCCAGUUUGUGGGCCUCCUGAAUGGCGAGUAUGAGAGCACCUCUAGCGAGGAGGAGGAGGAGGAAGACCCGGAUGUCAGUGACAGCAGCGAGGAAGAGGAGGGGAGCCCGGUCACAGAGGCGGCCGCGCCCGGCCACCCACGGCUGGGCUCCGAUCCUGAAGAGGCUGCCGGACAGGGAGGAGCCACGCCCAAGGUCAAAGAGAGGUUUGAGCUGAGCCCGUGGAUGCGAGAGGCCUGCCUAGUGGUGCGGACCCAUCUGGGCCAGGGCCGAGGGGCCCCAAAGACCAAAGAGCUGCUGUCCAGCAGCAGCCUGGUCCUGCGGGAAUGGUUCCGGGUGUCCAGCCAGAAGACCUCCCGGGCCAGCAAGGUGGCCAAAUACCUGCAGGCCUUUGCCGAGCUCUCCCCGGCACUGCUGGCCCACAUCAUCAACCUCUCCGACGGCAACGGGAACAUGGCGCUCCAUUACAGCGUCUCCCACUCCAACUUCGACAUUGUCCGGCUCCUGCUCGACACAGGUGUCUGCAACAUCAAUCACCAGAAUAAAGCAGGCUACACGGCCCUCAUGUUGGCCGCGCUGGCCACCAUGGAGCGGCAGGACGACAUGGCCGUGGUCCGACGACUGUUCGACCUGGGCAACGUUAAUGCCAAGGCCAGCCAAGCCGGCCAGACGGCGUUGAUGCUGGCGGUCAGCCACGGAAGGCAGGAGAUGGUGGAGGCCCUGCUGGCGUGUGGGGCAGACGUCAACCUGCAGGACGAGGAGGGCUCCACCGCGCUCAUGUGCGCCUGCGAGCACGGCCGGGCAGAAACCGUGCAGCUGCUUCUGGCGCAGCCGGCCUGCGACGCCUCCAUCGCGGAUCACGACGGGAAUGACGCUGUGGCCAUCGCCUUGGAGGCCGGACACGACAACAUUGCGGCUCUGAUAUCCGCACACCUCACACAGUCCGCAGAUAGGACGGGACCGUGACAGUAUUCUUC